AUGUCCGAAACUACCUUGAAGCCCGAGAAGGACUUCACGAAGGAGGUCGACCAGCAGCUUCCGGAAGCUGAGACUCUGGCAAAGACCGACCUUCAGGGCGCCAUCGAGAAGCUUACUGCGCUCGAGAAGCAGACCCGGCAAGCGUCUGAUUUAGCAUCAACAUCGAGGGUCUUGAUUGCUGUUGUGACACUUUGCAAAAAUGCCGGAGACUGGAGCUUGAUGAACGAGCAAACGCUUGUCCUUUCCAAGAAGCAUAGCCAGCUGAAGCAGGCCAUUACCAAAAUGGUCCAGACCGUGGUUGGCUAUCUCGACGAGACACCAGACCUCAAGACGAAGCUUUCAGUUAUCGAGACCCUUCGAACUGUCACGGAAGGAAAGAUAUUUGUCGAAGUAGAGCGAGCCCGGGUAACGAAAAUCCUUUCUGACAUCAAAAAGGAGCAGGGUGACCUGAAAGCCGCCACAGAGAUUUUGUGCGAAUUGCAGGUCGAGACAUUUGGUUCUAUGGAUCGACGGGAAAAGACCGAGUUCAUUUUGGCACAAGUUGCACUGUGCAUUGAGAGUCAGGACUGGACUCAGGCCGGCAUACUGGGCCGCAAGAUCAGCACACGAUACUUGGCACGCAAGCCCAAGAAGUCUGCCGAGCAGUUGGAAAAGGAACAAAAAGAGCGGGAGAAGAAGAGGGCCAGAGGCGAGGAAGUCCCAGAGGAGAAAGAAGACGACACCACAGACCUCAAGUUGCGGUACUAUGAACAGCAAAUCGCCCUUGCGAAGCAUGAUGACAAAUAUCUAGAUGUGUGCAAGCACUACAGACAAGUUCUCGACACCGAAGCGGUCGAGGAAGACCCUGCUAAACUUCAUCCCGUGCUCCAGCGCAUCAUCUUUUUCGUCAUCCUUUCCCCUUAUGACAACGAGCAACACGACUUACUUCACCGCAUAUCCAAGGACACGCGGAACUCCCAAGUGCCUUUGAAUGCCGAACUACUCCGGCUGUUCACUGUCCACGAACUGAUGCGAUGGCCAGAGAUUGCCAAGAAGUUUGGCCCCCACCUGUGUAGCACCGACGUCUUCGAUGCGCAGCCCGGCCAGUCGUCGGAUGGAAAGGCUCACCAGCGAUGGGAGGACCUUCGAAAGCGUGUCAUCGAGCACAACGUCCGUGUCGUUGCCAAGUACUACACUCGCAUCCGCAUGAACCGCCUUACCGAGUUGCUUGAUUUGGCCGAGGAUGAAACCGAAAAGUAUAUUAGCGAAUUGGUCACUUCAAAGACUGUCUACGCAAAAAUUGAUCGGCCCGCCGGAAUCGUCAGCUUUGCCAAACCCAGGGGUGCGGACGAUGUCUUGAACGAAUGGAGCCAUAACAUGAAGAGUCUAUUGGGAUUACUGGAGAGAAUCGAUCAUUUGAUCACGAAAGAGGAGAUGAUGGCCCGCAUUCAACCCACGAGUACAAAGUAG